UUCUUUACGAUGAUGCCAAUUCUGCCGCUCUUAGAGGUUGGCUCUGUACUUCUGAACUAUAAAUUAUAACCUUACCACAGACUACAUACUAUUACCUUACUUCCUACACUCUAGAAACCUUCCCAUCAAAACAAAAAGGUCAACAUUUAGUUUUCCUAUUAACAUUAUUAAAUUUUAAAGAAUGCCAAAAAAGUUUCCCACCGAAAACUCGAAAGCUGUAGCAGCGAGAGAACGCAAGAAAAUCGCACAGGAGCAGGAAACUUCCAAGCGACAAAAAGAGUUGGAGGAUGCCAAAUGGAAGGACGACGACAAGCAAAUCCUUAAAAAACAGCAAAGGAAGGAAGCUGACGAGAGAAAACGCCAAGAGCUCCUGCAGCGAAAAGCUGAAGCAAAAGCUCUUUUGGAGAAAGAGAUGGGUUCUAUCAAAGUGUCCAAGCCGCCUCCACCUGUUAAAGUUACUAGAGCUCAAAUUCAGUCGAAGAAAGAAGAACCUCCGAAGCCGAAGGAAGUUGCGAAGGCGACUGAAACCCAUUUAGAUGCUCCAUUACAAGAAAACUUGAAUAGAGUGCAAAUUGACGGCGAAGAGGCUCGUACUAUAGAUGAAGCUAUUGAAAUUUUAGGCGGUCCUACUGACGAUUAUGAUAAACAUCCUGAGAAGAGAAUGAAAGCCGCCUACAAUGCCUUUGAAGAAAGGCGGCUGAAAGAAUUGAAAUUGGAACAUCCGUCGCUAAGAUUGUCGCAGCUUAAGCAAAUGAUCUUCAAAGAGUGGCAAAAAUCUCCCGAAAAUCCAUUGAACAAAGUAUAGACUAUCUAGACUUUGAUCUCUUACUGUUUAUUUUACAUAAAUAUGAAUGAGAUGUUUGCUUAAAUUAUGUUUAUUGCUAUUGAUGUACGUAUUACAUGUUUACCUCUUUGUUAUCUAAAUUUUACCAUAAUAUACAAUUUUUUUAGUUGAAAGUAUAUUUAUUGAAGCAAAACUUGUUGCGAGUUAGUUAUCUUAUGAUAUAGAUACUAUAUAGUUUUCGAUUGUAAUUUCGAUAAUUUGAUUGGUAUUAGGAAAGAGGUAAAAUUCCAUUAAACUUUUUACAAGAAUAUUAAUUUAUAAAACUGGUUUACUGUAUUAGAAUAUACCAAUAGAGAAUUUUGCAUGUU